AUGGAAACCCUCACACCCGACCUCGACUCCCUGCCAUCCACCCCGGCUCCCGAGAUGCCCUUGACGGUGUCCCCCGCAGAUACCUCGCUCAGCUCGCCGGAGCCCAAGGUGGAGCCGCUGGAGGACGAGGACGACGAGGAGGCGAAGAAGCCGACGAAGAAGAGAAAGUCCUGGGGCCAGGAGCUCCCAGUCCCCAAAACCAACUUGCCCCCAAGAAAACGGGCCAAGACAGAAGAUGAGAAGGAGCAACGCCGGAUCGAGCGGGUGCUACGGAACCGCGCCGCCGCGCAGACCUCCCGGGAGCGCAAGAGGCUCGAGAUGGAGAAGCUCGAGACCGAGAAGAUCCAGAUGGAGCAACAGAACCAGUUCCUGCUCCAGCGGCUCUCGCAGAUGGAGGCCGAGAACAACCGCCUGAGCCAACAGGUGGCUCAGCUCUCCGCCGAGGUCCGCGGGUCUCGCAGCGCCACUCCCACCAAGGCCAACUCCCCCGGGGCGGACUCGCCCACCCUCACGCCGACCCUGUUCAAGCAGGAAGGCGACGACCUCCCCAUGGAGCGCAUCCCGUUCCCCACGCCCUCCACCACCGACUACUCCCCGACCCUCAAGCCCUCCACUCUGGCUGAGGCCUCUGACGUGACACAACAUCCUGCUGCGGUGUUGUGCGACCUGCCGUGUCCGUCGCUGGCCUCGAAGGAGCUGGAAGUGCGCUUCCCCUCUUUGACCUCGAGGGUCCCGCUGCAAAUGACGUUGCAGCUCCUCUUUCUGACGAUGACUUCCGCCGCCUGUUCAACGGUGAUUCACCCGCUGACCCACAUUCUUCAUUCCCUGAAGACGGGCUCGCCUUUGAUGUUCUCGACGGAGGAGAUCUAUCAGCAUUUCCCUUUGAUUCUAUGGUUGAUUUCGACCCCGAGUCUGUCGCCCUCGAAGGCGUCGAGCCGGCCGGUCUUUCGGAUGAAACUACUCACCAGACUGCUCGCAUGCAGCCCAGCCUUGGCGCGUCCACUUCGCGAUGCGACGGGCAGAGCAUUGCAGCGAGCGGUUAGUGAGUCGUUUUCUCUGCAGGGCUGGUCGACCGACGCCCCCGAGGGUCGGCCAACCUGGGUGUCGUUGUUGACCAUGAUGUGGGCGAUCGAUAGUCUCGACCGGUCGCGACAGAGGCAGACAACUACCAUCACAAGAAGAAAAACAUCGGGCCGGCGACGCAGUUACGGAAAGAUGACCCGGAGUACACGGAGUUCCUGGCGUUCCCGUUCGAGCGAGACGUCGACGUCUUGGCUCAUGGGAAAGCCAUUGUGA